AUGCUCGUCCGCCCCACCGGCGACGGCGUCGACGCGAACGCGGAGCACCCGCGUUCGGGGGGCGCGAGAGGCGCGCGCGGCCGCGACGCGCCCGCGGCGUCGAUUCAAAACGUGUUGUCUGGAAUCUCGGGCGAGAUGUCCCGGCUCGCGGUCGCGCCCGGCGGCGCGACCGCCGGGCGCGAUGGCGCCGGUGGCGCGCCUCGCAUCGCCGCGAUCUCCCGCGGCGGCGCCGGCGGGUUCGUCAUCCUCCCUCCCACGGAGUCCUUGGGGUCGCUGCUGCGGAUCGAACGAGCGGACGGUCGAUCCGGCGGCGCCGGCGGCGCCGGCGGCCGCGGAGGGAUAUCCGUCGGCGACGCGCGGGCUUCGACAUGGUCGAACGUCGGCGCCGCCGACGUGGGGCACGCGCCGCUGGGCUAUCUGGAGCAACAUCUCGCGACGGUUCUCGAGCCGACGCCGUCGCGGACGCCGGCGGCUCCCUCGGAGCCCGCCGCCGCGGCUCCCGCGGAGACGCCCGCGGCGGCGCCGACGCCGGCGCCGGUGCCCGAGCCCGAGCACGAACCCGAGCCCGACGUCGAGAUGACGCCCGUGGAAGCGGCGCCGGUUCCGGAACCGGCACCAGAACCGGCACCGGCACCGGCACCGGCACCAGAGGAAGCGCCCGUCCCCGCGCGCGCUGAGGAACCGCAACCGCCCGCGGCGAACGCACCGGACCCCCCCGCGUCUGAGAUUCAACCCGCGCCGGCGGAGGAGGAACCACCCGAGGAGGACGAGAGCAUCGACUCUGAGUUCCUCGCCGCGCUCCCCGCGGAUCUGCGCGAGGAGCUCCUCGCGACGAACCGCGCGAUCGCGCGGCUGAACACGUCCGACGUGUCCACGCCGCAGGGCGGCUCGCCGACCGCGGCCGGAGGACCGAGCGGCGUGAACCCCUUCACGCCGAUCGACCCGUCGUUUCUCGCCGCGCUGCCGCCGGAUAUGCAAGCCGAGGUGGUGCAUCAGCAAACGCGCGAGGUUCGCAGGCACUGGCAGGAGCACGCGCAGCGCGCGCGGGAGGCUGCGACCGCGGCGGCGCGUGCCGCGGCGGCAAACGACGGCAUGCCCGACCCCGCGCGCGUGCAGGCGGCGAGGGACACGCAGGUGGCCGCGGCAAACGCGGAGAUGAUGGCGGAGUGCGUCGGCGCCGCGAUGCCCUCCGCCGGCGCCGGCGCCGCGGCGGACGCGGACAUGGACGCCGCGUCCGUGAUAGCGACGUUCCCGGAGGAGCUUCGACAGGAAGUCCUCCUCUCCGCGGACGCCGCGACGCUCGCGGCGCUGACGCCCGCGCUCCAAGCCGAGGCCGCGGCGCUCCGCGAGCGUCACGCGGCGCGGUACCGCCAGAGCGCCAACGCGCGCGCGGCGCAAGCCGCCGCCGCCGCCGCCGCGGAGCAAGAGCAAAACGAAAUUGAAGAAGAAGACGACGACGAGGCUGCGCACGCGGCGGCGAACUUCACGCGGCAGCUGCGCUCGAUGCUUGGCUUAGGCCCGGCCAGAGGCGCCGGCGGCGGGGGACGAGACGGCAACGGGCGCGACAGCAGGCGGUUCAUGGACCGCGUCGCGUUGUCGCGAACGACGCCACACGCGCUCGUGAACCGCGCGAACCUCGCGACGCUGGUUCGUCUGCUGCGCGUCGUCCCGCCGCUCGCGAAGAGCGCGCUGCCGAAGGUUUUGUUGAACCUCUCCGCGCACGUCGGGACGAGGGACGCGACGUUGCGGGCGUUGCUCGCGACCGUGCGCGCCGCCGUGGACGCGGACGCCGGCGCGCCCGGCGCCGCCGGCGUCGGCAAACUCUUCGGAAAGGACGUGCACGUCAUCUGCGCGCAGCCGGACGCGGCGGCGCGUCUCAUCGCGCGCCGCGCGCUCGAGACCGCGGUGUUCAUGGCGCGGAACUCAUCCGCGGUCGCGACGCGGAUCACCGCGCUCGGGGUCACGCGAGACGCGGCGUCGGACGUCGUCGCGCACGCGGCGGACCCCCGCGCCGCGACGGGCGUCAUCCUGGACGACGUCGGCGAGAACGACGCCGCGGACGCCGCCGCGGACGGGCCAGACAACGCGCUGUUGCUUCUCCUUCGAUGCGCGGGGUCGCCGU